AUGGUGGAACUGGGUCUUACCUUGCGCACCUUGCCGGUCCCGCUCCUCUCCGUCUCGCUCGCAGCCUCAGUCCUCUACUUGCUUCACUGGAGCCAUGGCCGCAAGAACCCAAAGAAGAGUAGUGUGUUCCUGGCCAAGCUUUUCUCGCUGAUGCGGCGGCCUCGCUUCGACUUCGGCCCGUUCCUCCGUGAGCUGCACGCUCGCCACGGGCCCGUCAUCACCCUCCGCCUCCUCACCACCACUGUCUUCGUCGCCGACCGUCGUAUCGCGCACCGCGUCCUCGUCGAGCCCAACCCGCUCUUCAACGCCGGCAACAUCAACUCCGCACCCUACGGGCCCUACUGGCGCCUCGUCCGCCGCAACCUCGCCGCCGAGACGCUGCACCGUGCCCGCCUCGGCCUCUUCGCGCCGGCGAGGCGGUGGGCGUGCGACGCCCUCAUCGCCAGCCUCCUCCGCGACGUCGACGCAUCGGAGUGCGUCGUCACGGUCAGGCCGUUCUUGCAGCGCGCCAUGUCUGAGCUGCUCGCGUACAUGUGCUUCGGCGAGCGGCUUCCCCCGGACGUGCUCGACGAGAUCGACAAGCUCGAGCGCCACGCGCUGCGCACAGCCACAUCCUUUCCGGUCUUCGCGAUCUUCCCUCCGGUCACCAAGAGAAUCUUUCGCAAGCGCUGGGCGGCACACGUCGCCGUGCGCCGGAGGCAGGAAGAGGUCUACGCCCCGCUCAUCCACGCCACGAGCGCCGCCGCCGACGAUGACCAACCAUGGUGCUAUGCUAAGUCCCUCCUCGCGCUGCGGGUGGCCGACGACGGCGACCGGCAGCUCACGGACGCCGAGAUGGUAAGCCUUUGCUCCGAGUUCCUCAACGCCGGGACAGACACAACGGUGACCCUGCUCGAGUGGAUCAUGGCCGAGCUGGUGAACCACCCGGACGUCCAGGCCAAGGUGUACGAGGAGGUGAUCAGAGCCAAGCGCGAGCUCGACGACGCCGUCAACCUCCAGGCGCUCCCAUACCUUAAAGCCGUCGUUCUAGAGGGCCUGCGCCUGCGCCUGCACCCGCCGGGCCACUACCUCGUCGCACAUGCCGUGCGGAGCGACGCGGAGAUCGGUGGCUAUACGGUGCCCAAAGGAGCAGAGGUGAACUUCAUGGUGGCGGAGAUCGGCCGCGACGAGUCAGUGUGGACGGCGGCGUGCGAGUUCCGGCCGGAGCGGUUUCUGGACGGCGGCGAGGGGAACGGCGUGGACAUCACCGGGAGCCGGGAGAUCAAGAUGAUGCCUUUCGGCGCCGGCCGGAGGAUGUGCCCCGGGUACGCGCUGGGCAUGCACCAUGUCGAGUUCUUCGUGGGGAGCCUCGUCAGGGAGCUGGAAUGGCUGCCAGCGGCGGAGGGAGAGACCGUCAACAUGGAGGAGACCGUGGAUUUCACCACCGUCAUGAAGUACCCGCUCCGUGCGCGCAUCGUACCAAGAAACAAAUCCUAG